UGCAUCCCUGCCUCUUCCGAGCCUCCCUUUGCUGGCAGCGAGCAUGGGUGGGAUGUUUCUGUAGGCUAAGUUCAUGUACAGGCGAGGUGUGAUUUUAUUAAUCAAAGCCAGAAAACCUCCAGAAGAACUGGCUGCGGGAAUUUUAUCAGGUCGUGCACACGCACAGGCCGCACUUCCUGGCCCUGCACUGCCAGGAGUUCGGAGGGAAGAACUAUGAAGCCUCCAUGUCGCACGUGGACAAGUUCGUCAGAGAGCUGCUGUCCGGUGAUGCGAUGAAAGAGUAUAACAGGGCGCGGGUCUACCUGGAUGAAAACUACGAGUCCCAGGAACACUUCACGGCACUAGGAAGCUUUUACUUUCUUCACGAAUCCUUAAAAAACAUCUCCCAGUUUGACUUUAAAGCCAAGAAGUAUAAAAAAGUCACUGGUAAGGAGAUCUACUCAGACACGCUGGAGAGCACGCCCAUGCUGGAGAAAGAGAAGUUUCCGCAGGACUACUUCCCCGAGUGCAAGUGGUCGAGGAAAGGCUUCAUCCGGACGAGGUGGUGCCUUGCGGACUGUGCCUUCGACUUGGUGAACAUCCAUCUUUUCCACGAUGCUUCCAACCUGGUUGCCUGGGAGACCAGCCCUUCUGUGUACUCGGGGAUCCGGCACAAGGCCCUGGGCUACGUGCUCGACAGAAUCAUCGACCAGCGAUUCGAGAAAGCGUCCUACUUUGUCUUUGGCGAUUUCAACUUCCGACUGGAUUCCAAGUCCGUGGUGGAGACUCUCUGCACAAAGGCCACGAUGCAGACCGUCCGGGCCGCCGACACCAACGAAGUCGUGAAGCUGAUAUUCCGAGAGUCGGACAACGACCGGAAGGUGAUGCUCCAGCUCGAGAAGAAGCUCUUCGACUACUUCAACCAGGAGGUCUUCCGGGACGACAACGGCACCGCGCUCUUAGAAUUUGACAAAGAGCUGUCUGUCUUUAAGGACAGACUGUAUGAACUGGACAUCUCGUUCCCUCCCAGCUACCCAUACAGUGAGGACUCCAGCCAGGGCAGGCAGUACAUGAACACCCGGUGCCCCGCCUGGUGUGACCGUGUCCUUAUGUCCCCGUCCGCCAAGGAGCUGAUUCUGAGGUCGGAGAGCGAGGAGAAGGUUGUCACCUACGACCACAUCGGGCCCAGUGUCUGCAUGGGAGACCACAAGCCCGUGUUCCUGGCCUUCCGCAUGGCGCCCGGGGCAGGGAAGCGAUGCCAGCGCCACGAGGGGACCCCCGGCGAGACCUCCCUGCAGCACGAGGAGCCACGUGCUCCGACAGCUGCAUCGACAGACCCGCCUGAGCGCCACUGCUAGACGGCCGGCCCCACACGUCGCUUCAGCCCGGACGGCGCUCCGGACAAGCCUCACAUACCUCACUGUCGUGUCUGCUCGUGUGACAUCAAGUAGAAACAUUGGGAUUUUUUAAAUAAGUCACAGUCCUGUUGCCAAAACUCUAAUAGACAGCAAAGAGAUUCUGCAUUUUAGACUUCACGGUUUUCGAUUUUUAAUCAUUGUCAGCGUGGAGGAGCUUCUCCGGCGUAGAAACCCCACAGGGCUCGGAGUCCCCUCCGUGGCGGGGCGGCCGGGGCUCUGCCGGCCAGCGGCGUGGCCUCGCUCUCACUUCUGGGGGCCCCUGUUCCCUGUUAGUCACAUGGUUUCUGAAUCACACUGCGGCUGCUUUCCAUUUUUAUAUAUAUAAAUAUAUAUAAAUAUAUACUUUUUAAAAAUAAUUUAUAAACCUUACCAAAACUUACGCUAAAUAUACUUUCCAGUAUGAACGCUUGAGUGUCAUAUCAGCAGGUAGAAUUGGUGUCUAGGGGUUUGGUUACAUGCACGUCAACACACAAAGCUAUAAAACAAGUACUACGACCCAGCAGAGACGUCAGGGGUCAGACCGACCACAGCACGUCCAUACGAGCAGCUGGAGACUCCUAGGCCUUUUUCUGUCUCAUAUUAAGAACUGAAUGUGAAGUUUAUAGCUCGCUCGGGUGUACCUUUUAAGAAUUUUGUAAACCGUUUUGUCUGUCUUUUGUUACUGUUCUAUGGUGCCAAGUAUUCUACAUAAAACAAUAAUAUCAUGGGAGAAAUAAAAAUAGCUAGUCUGCUUCCGAUAGAAACUGCUUGUAACGUGGCCUGUGUAUAAAAAUAUCCAGAGAAACAAGCUGUACGCGUCCUUGGACGCUGAACCUCUAACGACCUGUCGUAACCCUGCUGCACGUACUUGCUCCUGGCACCCGGCGGAGCCGUGAGAGGUGGUCCCAGGGCCCAUGGAUGAAACACAAACGAAUGUUUUAUUAACUUGCUUUAACACUACAGAACUCCUGGGCGGGGUGAAGGCGCUGGGUAGAAGCUUGCUUUAGAUAAAUCACAACCGUUGCAAGUGAGCUGGCGUCCACGUGCCGAACCUGUGUCCUUGACCGUACCGUCGGCGUCUGUGUCGAGCUGUGGUCGCCC